AUGGCUGAGACUGAAGCCGAAACAAUACAGGCAAAAAUGCAGAAGCUUUUGGCAGAGGCUAGCAAGAAAUCCCCAGAAGAGCUAGUGUUCAACUAUAAAGGGGUCCUGUACCCCAGUUCCAUCUGCAGUACUGAGACCUUUCAAGCCUUGGAAUCUUUGGAAGCCAGACAGGACGAUCUAAUGAUUGUGACAUAUCCCAAAUGUGGUAAGUGUUUGUAACUAAAAACAAAAGGUAUGGUUUUAUAGCAGUCACUUAGCAUUUUAAAGAGUGACUUAAACUAAAACUAGUGUUUCCAUAAAGUGAAUGCAGAUUGUGUGUUUAUGUAGUGAAUGUAGUGUGUUUGUAUAAUGAAUACAGUGGAUGUAGUGUUUUUGUGUAUAAUGAAUGCAGAGUGUGUGUUUGUGUAGUGGAUGUAUUGUGUAUAUAGUGACUGCAGUGUGUGUCAGUGUAUUGGAUGUAGUUUGUGUGGUGGGUGCAGGGCCGGUGCAAUGCUAUUUUGUGCCCUAGGCAAGACCAGUUUCUUGCACCUCUCCCCCCCCCUGUUGUAUUUCUAUUAAUCUUUUAGUGUAUCCUCUUGGAAUACAUGCACAUUGGAGGAUGGGUGGCCCAGGCACACAAAGGAUUACCAGUGCAGUUCUGGCCCCCCAGGACCACCGAGCCUGUGACAACCAUCAUGGUUGUCACCCUCUGAUUGCGGCCAUAUGUGUGUAUGUCUAUGAUUAUAUGCAUAUCUGUUGUAUGUGUUUGUGUGUAUGUCUGAUUAUGUGUACGUCUGUGGUUGUGUGUUUAUACGUCUGAGAGUGUGUGUGUAUGCAGUUAUCUGUGUAUGUCUGUGGUUAUGUGUAUGUGUGUCUGUUGUUAUGUGCGCCUGUAUGUUUGUUUUUUACUGUAUGCAUUUGGGUUGAUGUGUUAUAUAUUAGGGAUUAAGGAGAGAGCGCAGGUAACUUUCUCUCUGGUUUUUACUAUAUAUUGGGGCUGAUGUGUACUGUGGUUGUUGCUGCCGCCCAGGAGUGAUGUGAGUGAGCGCAGGACUUAUCUUUUUGUAUUUGUAUUCACUUUUUGUAUCACACAGCUAUGUUACAAUGCUGCCGCCCAUCCCAUGUGUUCCCGAUCAAAGGACCAUUCUUGUAGCGGAGAGGUAGUAUAAUCCACAGUAUCUCCGCUGGGUAACAGGAACAGCAUAAAAUAAUCCAAGGAAAUAAAUACAGCAUACAAUAAUCCCGGUAGCGUUAUAAGAAUCCUUCCUUCCCAAGAACUAGACAACACAUGGGAGUCAACUGAGCUUUUAAUCACAGGUCACUGUAUUUAUGGGAUUCCCCAUGCAAGGGGAUUCCCCACUGACAUUCCAGGGGUGGUACAGUAGGGGACUACAUAGGGAACUGACCAACACAUACAUUUCUCCCACCAUGCACUGCUGCACGAGAGGGAUACUCCCACUAGAAUAUACCGUUAAGUGAAUUAUCCCUCCGUGCAGCAGAACUUACAUUUUACAUUAAAAUAUAUAACUUCCAUUAUAUUCACUUUAUUUAAACGAAUGGACGUUCGGUAGAUAGCUGGGGGCUGAGCGCACAGUUCGUGAGAAUACCGCUCAGCUCCCAGCCUAACUAACCGAACUCCACACAAAAUACACAUUAUUUCCAAAACACUGUUAAAGUAUCGAUUGGUAUUAGGGGAACAAACUACCGAACGGCCGGGGCUGAUUUUAGUUCCAGGCGCUCGACGGAAAAACACCACUGGGCUAACAAAGGAUCCAAGAUGGCCGACCGCCGCGUGGUCGGUAGCCGAAUGACGGCCACCUAGGGACGCCUUUAACUACCGAUUGCAACAAUGUUGCAAUCGGUUAAUGGGCGCCACACGACCUCUUGUGUGUGGUCGACCAUUCGGUAGUUUAUCCGUUUCACGAACAGUGUUGAAACUCACUGUUCGUAAAACUACAUUAGGAAUGCUGGGUUUUUCAUACUGCAAGCAUAUGAACACCCUAAUUCGUCUGAAAGACACAUACAGUAGUACACUUGGUUCUCACAGCUGAAACAGGGAUAUAAACACAUUCAAUAUAUGGCUAGUCUUAAGUGGAUAGUUUUGCCACAACUCUAGGCACCCAGACCACUUCAGCUUAAUGAAGUGGUCUGGGUGCCAGGUCCAGCUAGGGUUAACCCAUGUUUUUAAUAAACAUAGCAGUUUCAGAGAAACUGCUAUGUUUAUAAAUGGGUUAAUCCAGCCCUCAAAUCCUCUAGUGGCUGUCUCAGUGACAGCCGCUAGAGGCGCUUGCGUGAUUCUCACUGUGAGGCGGUUAUGUGUUUAAAUAGAAGAGAGGAAAUGGAGAUCCUACCACAAGGAGGGGUCUCCGUGCCUAUAUAAUAAAAAGACCCUCUAGUUCAGGUAGGCAGCUAUGUGGGUGGGAUGCAAUGUCCAUUUAGCCAUUCAACUGGUUGUUACACACACUGCCACUGAGCAAGCCACCAUGGAUGCCUCAAAGUUCCAACAUCCCAGGGGAGCCAUGGGGCAGUUUGGAGACUAUAGCAAUCAUAAAAAAAAAAGGUGUGCGCCGGAGGGCAAACAGUACUCGCCUGCCUUCCCCUGCAUGCCGCCAUUCAUGUGGAGCAGCUGCUCACAGACAGAUAUAUCCUUUUGGUGGGGACCAGGAUAAUCACCACCUGUCCAGAGGGGGUAAACUGGGUGGACCUCUUAAUAAAAAAUAGGUGUACCUGUGGACACCGACUCAAGAGUCCUCAAGGGCACUGGUCGCUUCCAGGCAGGUAACUGGCCACUUCUCCGUUCGCAAGUCGUACCAGGCUGCAACUUCAAACAAGAAUUGAAGCUUUGUGGGUUCUUUCGGGAUUGUCAGUAAAAGUUGCUAAUAGCAAGCCCAGGUAAGUGGCUAGUUAAGUCGCAAAAGGCUUAGGCUAGCUCUCAAAUGAACGGGAUUCUCACGGAGCUCUCUGAUAACACGUUUGCUUAGCUUAGCCAACUGUUCCUUUAUUAGUAGCUGGAUUACAUUUACAAUAAAAUAACCAAAGCAUCUUAGAAACUGUAUACCAAUAUAAACUUAGCUUGCUAAGAAUGGCUGUAUUUAAAAUGACAGCUACCCAUUAAGGCUCCUCCUGAAUAGCCACAUUAACAUCAAGCAUACCAAUACCAUACACAUGGGGUAUUAGCUGUUUUAAACAACGAUAUAGAUACUAAUACAAUACUUAAUUAUUAUCUAUAUUUUUGUUUAGGAACAGCUGGAUUACAUCUUGCUGAGGAUCCAAGCUUUUUCUGACAGUGCCCAGUCUGAGAUUUCCUCAUUGAAGCCUUAGAUAUCAUUGGAAACCUGGACAUAAAGUGAAUAGGCACCGAUUUCAGAACUAUGGAGUUAAACUGUUUGUAAAUAGUUUUGACCCCUUAAAGGGAUUCUAUAGUGUUAGGAAUACAAAGUUGUAUUCCUUAUACUAUAGUGCCCUCUGGUCCCGGCCCCCUUCUCCGGUAUGGAAAGAGUUAAAUAAAACUUAUAUUACUUACCCAAUGCCAGCACCAAUCUCCCUCUGCACUGGGUCCUCCUCUGACAUCAUUGGACGGGGGAGCCUAAUGCACAUGCGUGGCGAAUUCAUUAGACCCUCCCUAUAGAAAAGCAUUGCUUCAAUGCUUUCCUAUGGGGAUUUCAGUGAUGUUGAUGUCCUCAUUCAGAGUGUAAACACAUCCAGCAACAUUUAGAUGACCAGGAGUCCAUUAGGAUCCAGGAAGUGCUUCUAGAGGCAGUCUUAAUCCUGCAAGGUAAUCAUUGCAGUUUCUAUAAAACUGCAGUGAUUUACAAUGUAGGAUUAAGUGGCACUGGGUCUCUGCACUCAGACCACUUCAAUGGGAUGAAGUGGUCUGGGUGACUAUAGUGUCCCUGUAAGGUAAGACAGUGCUCUGGAUCUCCCGACACCAAAGCAACCUUAUAGACAUUCAGCGUUUACCAUUAAGCAGUGUUUCAUAAAAAUGAUUUAAAGGUUCAUGAUAGCUUUACGAAUACCAUGCCAUAGUGCCCUACUUGCAAAGUAGUUUUAGUUUAUACAGACAUGCACCUGGCAGGUCUCUGUGCACAGCAUCACUUACACACUGGUUUUGAUGAAGAGCAAAAAAAGCAAAUGAGCAGUAAAUAUGCCUUUAUUUGCUAAACUUUAUCUGUUGUCUUGCAAACCAAAUUGAAACUUAGCACAAGUAUACAAUGUCCCUAUCAGAAAUCAUUUAUAACUCAUGCCCUGCAUAAUGAUUGCACUCACGUUUUCCAAAUGUUUGUUAAAUGAGUUUAACUUGCUUUAUAAUGUUUAUUUUGCUUGUUUUAUAGGAACUCAUUGGGCAAUCAAAGUAAUUCGUGAAUUGCUAUAUUCGUUGCAAAACAAGGAAGUGACAGUUGAUCAAGCAAUAAUUGAAUUUCUAAACCCAGAGAAAGUUGAGGUCAGUAUUUCAUGGGUUUUAUUAUUAUUACCUAAUCAAUACAUAUAGUAUAUAACAUAUUGCUACUAUAUACAUAUGUAUAUACAUAUAGGAAAAGUGGAGAGCUAUUGCACCUGGACUGAGUAUUGUGCUUUAAGUGAUAAUGGCACUUAUUUCUUUAAAAGUUCACAAAAAAUUCAAUAAUAUAUAGCAGCACCUAUGAAAGUGCAAACGCUCAUGAUAUACACUACAGUAAUACAAAACAAAAUGAAAGAGAUGCUAUUAGCAUACAGACCACUUCAGCUCAUUGAAGUGGUUUGGAUACAGUGUUGCUAUAAUGCACAUAGUGCUGAAAUAUUAAACAUUGCAGCACUAAGCAGUGAUUAUAUCAAAGACAGCCACUGGAGCACCAAGGGACAUCGGCACUUGGGUAAAUAAGUUAAUAAAAGGUUUUUAACCAUUUUUUCAUGUCAGUGGGGGAGGGGCAUAAUGAGCUAUAGUGUUAGGAAUACAGAUUCCUUGUAAAGUGCAUACAAAUAUAUAAUAAAGUGCUAAAUGUGUACACACUUAAUAUAAAAGUGCAUCAAACAUAUAGUGCAAAAAUAGCUUCAAAGUGCUCAGAAUUCACUUACAAAACUUGUUACAUUCAUAGAAUAUAUGUAAAUAAAAAACAUAGAUCUUACUCUUUUUUUAAACACUGACAGCUCUUGAAAACAGAUAAAGAUUUGGAACAAUCAUACCUGAUAAACCAGUUGUUACAUUUAGGGUUGCACCUAAUUUUAAAAUGAUUUUAACACAAUCACUCUGAAGAGGAUGUAAAAAAGAUUUUUUAACUGACAGAAAAUGUUUUUAUUCCCAUAACAAGUGUAUAGGAUGCAGAUACAUCAAAAAUAAAACUCUGAAAGGUGUAAUAAAUUUAGAACUUAAAACUGUGAGAAGGAAUUUUACAUUAAUGGUUUUAUCACUUGCUUUACUAGGAACGUAAGUUAUCUUUUAUUUUGUGCAUGCAGCCUACAAUAUGUACACUGCACAAUACAUCCCUUGCUUUAAAGAAUACGUGAGCAUGUGAACAAUAUUUCAAAAGGCUAUGAGCAACAUAGCGUAUCUGCACAUUUUAAGAAAUAUAAUAUGAAUCCGAAGGGGCUUAUAUUUUUAGGAAUACAAACAGUCAUGGAGAGGGGGUGAUCAUAUUGCAAGUAUAGAUAGAAAGGAGAUGAAAUGGGUACAUAAGCUUAUGACAUUGCAAAAUAAUGGGCUAAAUAUAAAAUUUGACCUUUUUAACUUUUAUAAUAAACUUUUUAAAUAGAUUUGUAAGUAUUUUUGCUAAUUUAUGUGAUGUUUAACGUGGUCAAAUAUUUUCUCUUUUUUUCCCAUUCAUAAACUCAUAAAAUAUAUAUCAUAUACAUUUAUGCAUUUCAGUUAGUCACAAUUAACUACAAUUUAAUGUUUUUUUUACCUGCCCUCUGCGUAUUCAGGCACUCAUUGGGCAUACAUUGUUUAGUAAUUAUGUUGCUAGGUGUUGCAACUGACUGUCUAAAUUUAUGUCAGGCUCAAAUGUGGGCCUAUACAUGUGGUUGAGGGAAACAGAAAUAAAUUUGUAUAAACAUUCUCUGUACACAAUUGUAAAAAUUCCUUAUCCUCUUUAAAGGGGAAUAUCUUCUAAAUAUCUAAAAAUCUUCUUACUAAAACACCCACAACUCCUAAAAAUGUAUAAUAUGCAUUUCAAUUAGUUACCCUACAUUGUAUUGUUUCGUUAUGGCUGCCCUCUUGGUAUUCCAGCACUCAUUGCCCCUACAUUGUUUAGUAACAAUGUGGCUAGGUCUUGCUACUGUCUGUCUAAAUUUAUGUCAGGCCCAAACUUGGGCUUAUACAUCUGGUUAGCAUUUAUGGUAUUGCCUGUUUAUAAUCUGUUAUUUCUCUGUCUAUCACUUCUUACGUUGGUUUAGCCUUUUCUUCGCUCCACACGGGCCUAGUCAAACAUACUUUAAUAUUAUGUCGGUCAUAACCUCAGGUCCAAAUUUGGGCCUAUACAUGUUGUUAGCCUUUAUGGCACUGCCUUGAUAAUAAUCUGUUUUAUUUCACUGCUCCACUGGCUACCCGUACUGCCACCGUAUUCUUGGUAUUUGCAGCGCCCAGCUUUUUACAAGGGUAAGAGUGGCUCCCAUGUCACGGAGCCCUUGGACCUCCUUCCCUUGCAGGAUUACGGUCUGCUGAUGAUGUUGGCAGUAAUCUGUGUUGACCUGUAGUGGGUCCGCUUUGUACAGGACUUCUCUUUGCUCUACGGAUGUUGCAGGGGCGGCGCACUGGUAGUAGUAGUGUGCUGCUGCUCCGGCGGGUGGUGGUGGCCAAGGGCUGUUCCACGGAGCCAGUCGCGGUUCUGCGGUCUCUGCGCACAUGCCUCAUCUUUUUACCGAUGUGUCACUGGAUGUGGUUUUGCAGGGGGAAGCGGGGCUGUGGGGCAUUAGCAUUAUUAAAUUGCCUUGGAGGUGGUACUGGAACAGGAGGUGCUGCUGCAGGUCUGAAGAAGUGUGUAUUGAAGCAGUCUCUGCUGUCGGCAGGCAUCCAUAUAUUUGUUGGCCCACCUUGCUGCUUCAGUGAUGAUAGAAGGGUUGCGAUCCCUUACUCACUCCUGGAUGUCUGGUGCCAGUCCGUUAAAGAAUUGUUCCAUUAACACCAAUUGUAGCAAGUCUUCCAUUGUACUGGCUUUAUGUGCUUGUACCCACCCAAGAGUGGCUCGAUGCAACCGGCAGGCCCAUGCAGCAUGCGAGUCUUUGUCCGCCUCUAUCAGGUCUCUAAACCGCCUUCUGUAUGCCUCUGGCAUGAUGGCAUACCUUGCGAGUAUCACCUCUCUUACCCGGCCAUAAUUCCUGAUUUCCUCGUCUGGGACAGUGCGGUAAACCUCCGCUGCUCUCCCUGAUAGUCUGCUUGCCAAUGGGGGAACCCAUUUAUCAACAUCAGUGUAGGGCACACUGUCCUUAUAAAAAUCCUGGAGGAAUGCAUCAUUAUCUUCCUCCGCCUCUACAUAGUUUUUAAAUGCAUCAUAUGGUAUUUUGAGUUUACCUUCUUGCACCAUUGUCACUGCUUGGGUUCUUUCAUGGGUUUGUUGAUCCCUUUGCCUUAGCACGAACUCCUGGACCUCCAACAUGGUUCGUGCAAUAAUGUCUGUAGAUGGGCUUUCGCUAUAAAAAGACAACCGAAAUUGUAAUUCCCUUUGGAAAUCUGUCUGUUCCUGUUCGUGUACCGAACCGCCAUCUGUUCGGUAUUCCACCAUUACUUCAUCAAUGAGAUUAGCCUUUUUCUUUUUCCUUGCUGAUAUCCCUCUCGCUUCUAGGAGAUCCUUUAGCAUGGACCAUUUCAGGAUGGAGUAGUCAAUCUCCAUCCACGGUCCAUCUGUCACUGCUAAAUCCACUGGUUCUUGUUCUUCUGUGAGCUGUAUAUCUCGACCCUGUCAACCAAUGUAGCAGAGCCCUAGUCCUUGCAGAGACUUUCCUCCACUGGUUACACCAAAUUACAGUCAACAACAAGUAACACAAUCCAAUGGAACAGUCAGGUACAGCAAAGUAAUUCAAGAAUCUCCCACCUCAUCCCCAGCAACUGGACAACACCCAGCUCUGGGGGUAUAACUGAAUUGUAUUCACACAUACACAGCUUUUAUGCCAUCUCCCAUGCAAGGGGUCUCACAGGCAGAAAAUGCAGGGGUUCAAAUCCCAGGAUCCCUUGUGCCUGAGAGAUAAACUCCUCCAAUUUAAUUAUCUCUCAGGUACAAAAAAUCCCCAAAAUAUCCCAUUCCGCAAAAGUCCCCCAACCAACCAUGGGAACCCCACAAAAGCACAUCCCCUGAUAGCCCCGAUCUGAGUGACCGACAUAUCCAAGAAUCACUCAGAUUGGUUUGGUAGAACAGGAACGGUAUCGUGUGGAAGAUUUGACCGGCCAGACAGGUAGUAGCCCCAAAUAAAUAGUUCCAGGAGAAUACGUGCCUUUGCCGGUCUCUGUUUGUGAGGUUCCUGUGCAAAAACCAUACAAGGGAAUCUCUUGCUUUCAUGAUACAAAUGCUCACCCUGUUCGGUACUUCAUAUCUCCCGAACGCCGUUUGUGUAGGUGUUCGGGAAAAGGAACGGGCAGUGGUCGAAAGUUUACUGGUGUUCGUGUGAGUGCCUAGCCAAAAAGGCUUGGCACUCGACGACCAAGUAUCGCUGCCACAUGUUUGGUUAUAUGAACGGCGGCAACACAGGGGGAAGCGCUCAUUAAAUGUUUCCCUUGCGGUCUCACACUUAAGUAAUGGCUGACAACGUUCUAAUGGGGCACAGGGGUGGUCCUCGUUCGGGAGGUGAACGGUUUUCAUUUGGAUGAAGUCUCCCGAACGGACAAAGUGUAAUCACAUGAAAUAUAUAGGAUAAAACACAGUAUGUAACAGGGGGUGUACAGACAGCCAAGGCAGGGAAUAAAAGUUGUUGGUGCGGAUCCGUUCCACUACAGCAUACUACCCCAUUAUGCUGCAUGUUAUCAAGAAUGCACCUAUCCUUCAGGCCCUCCUUAAGCAUUCUCCUUGAGUAACUAAUUCCAUUAUCAUCUACAUUAUCUUUACCUCACAUUAAGCACUCGAGUCUACCUGCUUCUACUUGGGUGGUUUCAUUAUCUCCUUCAUAGGUCUCAGAUUGAAACUGUGCACAUAGCUUCAGUUGUAAGUAAAUAUGAUUAUAACUGGUCUUGUUUCAGUUCCUAAGCCUUCACACGUGGCCUUAUUAGGCCUUCAUUACAUUCCCAUCAUAUGGCCCUCUGUGGGUGGCAUUAUGACAUACCCACCCCUAAUUUGGGCUUUGCAUAAGUACCUUCCUGCUGCAUGAGGUGUGUGUAUGUAUAUAUUUAUAUUUAUAUAUAUAUAUAUAUAUAUAAAUAUAUAUAUAUAUAUAUAUACACACACACACACACACACUCACACACACUACUCCUUCUAACAACAUUUCAUUACAUCACUUGCUAGGCCUAAACCAACCAGCCUUUAUGGCCCUAUCUUGGCCUGCGACACUCACUAGUAAAUUAAUCCCUUAUUCUAAGCAUUGUGUCACUUUUUUAUUGCACAGUAAUAACAAGUAUUAUGGAUCACGUCACCUACAUCAGGACCUACAUACAUUUCGGUGUUGGUGAUGUACUAGUCACACUUUGACUUUGGCCUCAGAUGGCCUCCACUAAUUACUUCAUUAUUACCCUUCUAGCCUAACUGAUCUUCCACAGAGAUUUCACAACUCCUAUACCACGAUACGAGUAUCCUUAAUUUCUUCAUUCCAUAUAUCUAUUCCCCAUAUACACCUCUACUUCUGUAUCCUGCCUCUCAUGACUAAUUCUCCAGCUUCACUCUUCCUACACAUUUUCUCCUUACCUCUCAUAUUGGGCCACUUCUAUCUUGCACAAUAUUUGUAAGUAAUAGGUGCUGAUUCACUAUGAAAUAUCUUUAGUGUCGGUUACAUAAUCGUCAUCAUUUGGCAUCGAUCUUAUAGAUGGCCCUCCACCACAUUCCACGUUGCCACCUUUCAGUCUGACUACUCUUCCUACCUUUAUAUUUGCACAUGUCUACACCAGGACUGCCCAAAGGGGCCAACAUGCCCAAAAAGGGUCAGAGUCUGCCCGAAGAACUAGGUCAGCCUGGUGUAAAUGCAUCUAUGUACGUAUUAGGGAAUCGUGAUGCAGCAUAGUAACAAACUAUCCCAAUUCACCACCCAAAUAGUGACAGAGAACGUAGUAUGGAUGAAACAAGCCACAGCAUUUAUUAUAACAUAUGACAAAUACUGCAUAACACUUCCAUAAUUUAUUUUAACCCCUUAAGGACAGAGCCAAAUGUACACGUUGUGAACAAAACAAAAUGUAAACAAAACCUGGCAUUUGCGCUACAUGUCUGCCCAAUCGUAAUUCACCUCUUUCAUAGUAAAUGCAUCCACCCUUAUUAUAUAUCAUUUUAUUCAGGGGAAACAGGGCUUUCAUUUAAUAUCAAAUAUUUAGCUAUGAAACAUAAUUUAACAUGAAAAGAAUUGGAGAAAAUAAGAUUUUUUUAAAAUUUUUUUAGUUCUACAUGACAUUUUAACGGUCAAUGUCAUAAUACUGUUUGCUUUUAUUGCAAUAAAAUACACAUAUUUGUAUUCAGCAAAGUCUCACGUGUAAGACAGUACCCCCUAUGUACAGGUUAUAUGGCAUUUUGGGAAGUUACAGGGUCAAAUAUAGCACGUUACAUUUGAAAUUGAAAUUCGCCAGAUUGGUUACGUUGCCUUUGAGACUGUAUAGUAGCCCAGGAAUGAAAUUUACACCCAUAAUGGCAUACCAUUUGCAAUAGUAGACAACCCAAGGUAUUGCAAAUGGGGUAUGUCCAGUCUUUUUUAGUAGCCAUUUGGUCACAAACACUGGCCAAAGUUAGCGUUAGUAUUUGCUUGUGUGUGAAAAAUGCAAAAAACGCCAAUUUUGGCCAGUGUUUGUGACUAAGUGGCUACUAAAAAAGACUGGACAUACCCUGUUUGCAAUACCUUGGGUUGUCUACUAUUGCAAAUGGUAUGCCAUCAUAGGGGUAAUUUUCAUUCUUGGGCUACCAUAGGGUCUCAAAGGCAACGUAACCAAUCUGGCGAAUUUUAAUGUGAAAAAAAUGAAACACAAGCCUUAUAUUUGAUGCUGUAACUUUUGAAAACACCAUAAAACCUGUACAUGAGGGGUACUGUUGUACUCGGGAGACUUCGCUGAACACAAAUAUUUGUGUUUCAAAACAGUAAAAAGUAUCACAGCAAUAAUAUCGUCCGUGUAAGUGCUGUUUGUGCGUGAAAAAUGCAAAAAACUUCACUUUUACUGGCGAUAUCAUCGUUGUAAUACAUUUUACUGUUUUGAAACACUAAUAUUUGUGUUCAGCGAAGUCUCCCGAGUAGAACAGUAUCCCCCAUGUACAGAUUUUAUGGUGUCUUGGAAAGUUAUAGGGUUAAAUAUAGUGCUAGCAAAUUAAAUUCCCUUUACUUUUGGCAUGGGUUGUCAGACAGGUCCCGCUAAUUGUAAUUAAUUAAGAUACCUAAUUAUGUAAAAAUAUUACAUAAAUAUAUAUGUAGAAUUAAUAUAUGUGUGUAUAUAUAUAUAUAUAUAUAUACACAUGUGUAUAUAUAUAUGUAUAUAUCUAUAUAAUUUUUUAAAAAUAUUUUUAUUUAUAUAUGGGUAUAUAUAUAGUGAUAUACGUAUAUAUUUAUGUAUAUAGAUAUAUAUAUUAUUUCGUUCUACGUGUAUUUUGAUAUAUAUAUAUAUAUAUUAAUUUCACAAUACAGUUAGAACGAAAUAACACACAUCUAUAUAUUUUUUAAUUAUUUACUUUUUAAUAAUUUUUGUUAACGUAUUAACAUAUUUAUUUUUUAUAUUAUAUAUAAAUAUAUAUAUAACAAUAAUUAUAUAUAUAUUUAAUCAGUAUCAGUCUACGUGUAAUUUGAUAUUAAUAUAUAUAUAAUUAUAUAUAUAUUAAUAGUAAAAUACACCUAGACAGUGUACGUGUGUGUAUGUAUGUAUAUAUAUAUAUAUAUAUAUAUAUAUAUAUGAUCUAAGUAUAUAUUAUUUUAUUUUUUACACUUUUUCAUUUAUUUAAUUUUAUUUUCAGCCAGCAGGGGGACCACCUGUCAUUACUGGCAGCCCCCUGCUGGCAAUGCAGGAGGCAGCUACCCCUGGCCAUGUGAUUGUGGGGUCCUCGCAAGGACCCCACUCUCACAUGGCCGGGGGGCUUCCAGGACGUCGGAUGUGCCCGGGUAAGUAGGAAUUACUAUUACGCCCGACGGCGUUUAGAGCCGCUUAGAAUAGGGCGUAAUAGUACGCCCUCCGGUUUUAAGGGGUUAAUAUUCUCCUUUCUUUGAUAUAACCAAAACGUCAAACAUAAAUAACCAUAACUUAGCAUAUAACUUAAAACAUAAAGUCAUACAGUAUAACCCCAGCAUCCUUGCCAAUAUACUGACCAUGAUCCUAUGUGCCACUUCCUCUCACCUCCCCCCUCAACAUAAAUUCCUUUUCCUUCCAAUGCUUACCACCAGCCGACCUUUUUCCUCGCUCGGUGGGCACGUCCAAACAGGUAACCUAAGGUUAACCCUUUAGAGCAGGGGAGGUUGAGACCUAAAACUCGAUCACUUCAUUUCACAACCUAACUGCCGCAAAACCAUGGGGCGGGCGGGAACGAAGCUGUUUGCUGGCCCGAAUCCCAAGUAUCACUGAGGUAAGACCACCCCCCACCAAACACACACCACAUAAUCCCACCCACACAUUUAUACACAACCAAUCACACGCAUCCAUACCCACACUCAUACAUGUGCCCUUGUCCGCUUAGCGGUGCUAUCUCCCCAGGGCCUUGACAGGCUGCCUGCCAAUCAUGCAGACUGGCCAGCAAAAUGCAUACAAUGCAGACAGCACCCUGAGCUUGGAAUAAAUGCAUCUAAUGAUGCGCUCGCUCCAUACUUUCUAAGAACUAAAGCAGCAAAAGUAUUUGCAUAUUGUGCAAAGUCAGCUUUACCUUAACUAAUUUCUUUGCCAGCCAGGCCACACAGGCUUUGUUCCCCUACAUCCCUCUCACAUUUUCAUACCUAAAGGACCACUCAACACCCUAAAAAGCACUUCAGCUUGCCCUGGGGACACCUACAGAGUCAGGUAAAUAUCAAAUGUUUGUAAAUAGUUUGAGAGCUUAUUUUGAGAUGGUGCCAGGGAUUACCUGGCACCAUAACUGCUACAUUAUGCUGCAGUGGUCAUUGUGCAUAAAAUUGCCCUUUAACAAUACCCAUUAUAAAGUAAAACCACAAGUACCAAUGUAAGCAGCUGAAAUACUUUGUACUUAGGUUUUUUUAAUUUUUUUAUUCUACAUAUUGUAUAAUAGUUGGUUUAUUCACUAAGCAGUAAAUAGUGAUGAAGGAAAAACCAGAUUACCAAACUGCAAAAAAAUUGAAAGUGAUUUGUAAAGUGGAGAAGUGUCAGACACAACCUAACUCUACCCUUUUUUGUUUUUUUAGCAUUUGAAAGGAAAACCAUCUCCAAGACUCUUUGCAACACAUAUGUAUCCUGAUGACCUGCCUAAAUCCUUUUUUGAAAAGAAAGUGAAGGUGAAGUUUCCAGUCCAAUGUAUUUUCCUUAGCUAUCUGUCAAAUGUACAAAACAGUAAUGACUCAGUCAUAUUAUUUUUCAUAAAGCAAACAGCACAAUAAGGGUGCGCCUAAAAUAUAUACUAAGAUAUAUAAAAUGCAAUCAACUAAUAGAUAAUAAAACAAUUUUAAUAAUAUAUAUAAAAUAAACAAUAGUCCAAAACUUAUCACAGUUCGUGAUGGUAGGUCCCACGUGUAUAAAAGAAAAUUCUUGAGAUGUGGAGUGAGAUCUUGAGAUGUGGAGUGAGAUCAAAUCUUCAUAACCGUAUGCUUGGAAUUCAGUGAAGCAUAUGUGAAGAAAAGAGAAGACAGAACUCCAAUGGCACAGUAUAUAGAUGCGUAAAAAAUAAAUAAAAUAGUGAAAAAGGUCUUACUCACACUUUUCAGAGCUGAAAAAUCCAGCUCUGAUAUUGCGCGCACGAAGUGGAAUUGUCCCCACUCAAGGACAUACAGAGUAGACUUCAGUUGGUGGUUCUCUGACACACGUUCGACGUCCCAAUUGAUGUUAUUAGACCCAGAAAAAAAGAAUAAAAUAUAUAGUGCUCUCUGUAUUAUGGUGAAAAGUUAAGAGUAUAAAAUAUAUAUAUUACUCACAUUCUUUUGAGCAGGUUUGUACUGCUCAAUAUAAGCGCCCGGGUGGUAUAAUCCCCACCUAUGGAUUCUUUAUGCUUCUUCUAAAAUUGGCAAUAUAAGUAGUCAGGUGGAAAGAAAGAAAAAUGGCAAUAAAAUAUUAUAUGCCAAAAAGAUUUCUUUAUUAUAGAGUAGUAAAAUUAUAUAGUAAUAAAAUUAUCUAAACGCUUUUCGCCUCAAGGGCUUCUUCAAGUAGAUAGUAGUAGAAAGAGGGGCACACCUGACAUGCACAAGUUUAUAUAAGAUUUAAAGUUUAAAAUUCCCGCCAAAAUUACAUCAUCAAAAUCUUCAAAAUUAAUACAAUCACAAAACAGUAAUUUGCCAUGGGUAUAUAAACAUAGUAAAGAAUAUGAGGUAGAUGCAGUGGUUAAUAUACAAAAACGAGGGUUAUAAAUACAUAAAUAAGCUUAAAAAGAAGCAAUCACGUGACGCGCGAUUAAAAACACUUCCGCGUCACGUGAUGCUAGAUGGAACGCAUGCGUUCCGUUCAUAUGGAACGCAUGUGUCAUAUGGGAGGGGAGAACUGUCCCGAGCAGCCAGAAAGCCUGCUGAGCAGAGAGAAAGCUGUCUGCUCGAAAUAGCAGGCGGACAGCUAUUACAAUGGCACAUAGAGCUUACUGUCUGCCUGCACAAGCAGGCAGACAGCAUGAUCAUACAGAAGCACAAGUUCAAAACUCUUGGUGGGAACAUGGCAUAAGAAUAGAACUGAGUGGAGAAACAUGAUAGCAGCAAGAUAUUAUAAAGUUAAUACAAUGUUAAAAAUCACAUGAUAUACCCAAUAAAAGAAAUAAAAUACCCAUUAAAUAAUAAAAUAAUACAAUGAUGUGAAGGAUAAUAUAUCCAUUAAAUAUAAAAAUUAUGAUAUAAGCAGUAAAAUGAAAAUAAUAAAAAAGAAAAAAAAGAAAUGGAUAAAUAAUGAAUUGUAAAAGAGUGUUAAUUAUAAAAAAAUUAAAAAGAUCAAAAUCUAUAUUUAAACCUGUGGGGGCAAGGGUUUUCAGAUUAUAUGCCCAUUCCAUUUCUUUUUUACCAAGAACUUUUUUAAUAUCUCCGCCUCUCCAUGGAACGUUACAUAUAUCUAUACCCAGGGCCGGUGCAAAGAAUUUUGGGUACAUAGGCGAAGAUGCAUUUUUCCUCCCCCCCCCAAAAACAUAUUCGCCCAUGUGCCUCUUAACCUCCCUUUUGUGUUUCUUAUCCCGUCUUUUAAAUAUCUGACUCCCUUUAGUGUAUUUUAUCUCCUAUUUUUGCCUUUGUGUGUCUCCUAUCUCUCCUCUUUGUGUCUUUUAUUCUUCCCAGCUCCUUUGUGUGUCUCUUUCCUUCUCAAGCCCCGCUGUGUGUUUCUUUUACAUCCAGCCCCUCUCCCUGUCCCUUAAUGGUCCCCUCCCUUCUCUGACCCUUACUGUUCCUCUCCCUUCUCUCCUCCUUUUCCCUGUUCCUCAGUGUUCCUUUCCCUUCCCCCCUCCUUUCCCUGUCCCUUAGUGUUCCUCUCCCCUCCCCCCUCUGUUCCCUGUUGCUUAGUGUUCCUCUCCCCCUCCCUCCUUUUCCUGUACCUUAGGGUAUCUCUCCUUAGGGUAUCUCUCACAGACACUGUCCCUUGGUGCGCCACCCACCCCCAUAGUGGUCCCCUCCCCUUCCUGGUGUGCCUCCUACCUUUCUUGUAGCGUGGCUGAGCGGAGCGAAUCCCGGUACAGUGAGCUUUUCCUGUCAGUCCUGCUAGGUACAGGAAACAGAAGUUCCUGUACCACGGUACACUCCGCUUGGCCACGCUACAGUCAGGGGUGUAGAAACACUGACAGUCACACACACUCAAUGACAAACACACAGACAUCUCUGACAGCCAGACUCACUUAUCUGACACUCAUUCAUUGACAAACACACACACACACAAACUCACAGACACUGACAGACACAUGUACUCACAUGCACACACGCACAUACUGACAGACACUCACUCACACACACACACUGACAGAACCACACACACACACACACAUAUUCACAUACACACACACACACUGACAGACACACAUACACACACACACACAUACACACACACACACACACACACACACACACACACACACACACACACACAUACACACACACACACACUGACAGACACACUCACUCACAUACUGACAGACACACAUACACACACACACUGACUGACAGACAGACACACACACUCCACACACACUGACAGACACACAUACACACACACACACACACACUGACGAACGCACAUACACACACACACACUGACAGACACACACACACACACGCACGACAGACACGCACACACACACUGACAGACACACAUACACACACACACUGACAGACACGCACACACACACACACUGGCAGACACUCACUCACACUGACGUUUGUACACACUGACGGCCACACACUCACUCCCACACGCUGACAGACACACAUACACACACACUGACAGACGCACACACACACACUGACAGACACACACACACACACACACUGACGAACUACACAUACACUGACAGACACGCAUACACACACUGACAGACACGCACACACGCGACAGACGCACAUACACACGCGGUGGGGCACACACACACUGACAGACACACACACACGCACAUACACACACUGACAGACACACACACACACUGACAGACGCACACACACACACACACACUGACGGACACACAUACACACACACACUUGUGAACCACACACACACACUGACAGACGCACGCACACACUGACGGACACUCACACGCGGCAGACACUCACACACUGACAGACACACAUACACACACACACACGCGGCAGACUACUUGCUCACACACACACUGAGCAGACGCACACUCCCGCACACACACUGACAGACGCACUCGCACUCCCACACACACGCGACGGACGCACAUACACACACACUGACGGACACACACACACACACGCAGCGGACACACAUACACAGACACACACACUGACAGACACACACACACUGACAGACACACAUACAGUGACAGACACACAUACACUGACAGACACACAUACACACACACUCACUCACAUGCACACACACACUAACAGUAAUUAAUCAUCUAAAUUAAAUUAAAAUUUCCCACCCAGCCUCCCUACCUGGAGAGCUGGCGUGGGUCUCUCAUUGGUGGUCCAGUGGGGCUGCUGGGAGGCGUGCGGCUGAACUGGAUGCCGAGGUGGCGAGGGAGCUCUGAUCUCUCUGAUCUGCUCCCUCGCAGGCUGUUUACUGAUGCCGCGGGAGCCGGAAUAUGACGUCAUCAGUAAGCAGCCUGCGAGGGAGCAGAUCAGAGAGAUCAGAGCUCCCUCGCCAACUCGGCAUCCAGUUCAGCCGCACAACGCGCCGGGGAUCCAGGAGGUGACCUGGCAGGAGGGAGCACUUCCCUCCUGCCGGUCACUUGAAUUUUGCGCCCCCUGAGCCGGUGCGCCCUAAGGCGGCCGCCUGUGCCGCCUUAUGGACGCGCCGGCCCUGUCUAUACCUAAACAUUUAAGAUAUUUUGGAUUCUUUCCAUGUUGUAGAAAAUGUUUAGAGACAGAGUGAUUCUCAUAGCCUUUUAGGAUAUUCCUGCAAUGUUCAGCUCGUCUAGUUUUUAGGUCUCUAGUGGUCAUACCCACAUAUUGUAGCCCACAUGGACAUUCCAGGAGAUAGAUUACAUUUUUCGUAUUACAGUGGAUGAAAUGUUUUAUUUGAUAUGUUUUUUGUGUAAUUGUAGAUGUAAACGAUGUAGUUUUGGAUUUGAUGAGGUUACUUGUACGUUUGCAAACUAUGCAUCUAUUACAUUUAAAGAAACCGCUAGGUUUAUUCAAAAAAGUAGAAGGGCUAGGGGAUAAGGUGCUGUGUUUAUAUUUGGUGUAAUUGCUUGUGAGGAUGGACUUAAAGCUGGGUGCCCCCCUGAAUAUAACUUGUGGUUUCUCGGGGAUAAUUCCAGCCAAAGUCUCAUCUUGUUUUAAUAUAUGCCAAUGUUUCUUUAUGAUCUUCUUCAUAACAUUACUUUUGUUAUUGAAGUCGAAAAUAAUUGGCAAAGCUGGGGCGGUUUUCACUUCUUUAUUUGCUUUAUAUUCUAAGAGUUCGGAUCUAUUGGUUCCACUGAUAUUUUUUAGCGUCUGGUCUAAAUUGUUCCUGGGAUAAUUUUUUUUUUUUUUUUUUUGAGACCAAACGCUAAAAAAUAUCAGUGGAACCUAGAUCCGAACUCUUAAAUAUAAAGCAAAUAAAGAAGUGAAAACCGCCCCAGCUUUGCCAAUUAUUUUCGACUUCAAUAACAAGUAAUGUUAUGAAGAAGAUCAUAAAGAAACAUUGAUUAAAACAGAUGAGACUUUGGCUGGAAUUAUACCAAAUAUAAACACAGCACCUUAUCCCCUAGCCCUUCUACUUUUUUGAAUAAACCUAGCGGUUUCUUUAAAUGUAAUAGAUGCAUAGUUUGCAAACGUACAAGUAACCUCAUCAAAUCCAAAACUACAUCGUUUACAUCUACAAUUACACAAAAAACAUAUCAAAUAAAACAUUUCAUCCACUGUAAUACGAAAAAUGUAAUCUAUCUCCUGGAAUGUCCAUGUGGGCUACAAUAUGUGGGUAUGACCACUAGAGACCUAAAAACUAGACUAGCUGAACAUUGCAGGAAUAUCCUAAAAGGCUAUGAGAAUCACUCUGUCUCUAAACAUUUUCUACAACAUGGAAAGAAUCCAAAAUAUCUUAAAUGUUUAGGUAUAGAUAUAUGUAACGUUCCAUGGAGAGGCGGAGAUAUUAAAAAAGUUCUUGGUAAAAAAGAAAUGGAAUGGGCAUAUAAUCUGAAAACCCUUGCCCCCACAGGUUUAAAUAUAGAUUUUGAUCUUUUUAAUUUUUUAUAAUUAACUCUCUUUUACAAUUCAUUAUUUAUCCAUUUCUUUUUUUUCUUUUUUAUUAUUUUCAUUUUACUGCUUAUAUCAUAAUUUUUAUAUUUAAUGGAUAUAUUAUCCUUCACAUCAUUGUAUUAUUUUAUUAUUUAAUGGGUAUUUUAUUUCUUUUAUUGGGUAUAUCAUGUGAUUUUUAACAUUGUAUUAACUUUAUAAUAUCUUGCUGCUAUCAUGUUUCUCCACUCAGUUCUAUUCUUAUGCCAUGUUCCCACCAAGAGUUUUGAACUUGUGCUUCUGUAUGAUCAUGCUGUCUGCCUGCUUGUGCAGGCAGACAGUAAGCUCUAUGUGCCAUUGUAAUAGCUGUCCGCCUGCUAUUUCGAGCAGACAGCUUUCUCUCUGCUCAGCAGGCUUUCUGGCUGCUCGGGACAGUUCUCCCCUCCCAUAUGACACAUGCGUUCCAUAUGAACGGAACGCAUGCGUUCCAUCUAGCAUCACGUGACGCGGAAGUGUUUUUAAUCGCGCGUCACGUGAUUGCUUCUUUUUAAGCUUAUUUAUGUAUUUAUAACCCUCGUUUUUGUAUAUUAACCACUGCAUCUACCUCAUAUUCUUUACUAUGUUUAUAUACCCAUGGCAAAUUACUGUUUUGUGAUUGUAUUAAUUUUGAAGAUUUUGAUGAUGUAAUUUUGGCGGGAAUUUUAAACUUUAAAUCUUAUAUAAACUUGUGCAUGUCAGGUGUGCCCCUCUUUCUACUACUAUCUACUUGAAGAAGCCCUUGAGGCGAAACGCGUUUAGAUAAUUUUAUUACUAUAUAAUUUUACUACUCUAUAAUAAAGAAAUCUUUUUGGCAUAUAAUAUUUUAUUGCCACUUUUCUUUCUUUCCACCUGACUACUUAUAUUGCCAAUUUUAGAAGAAGCAUAAAGAAUCCAUAGGUGGGGAUUAUACCACCCGGGCGCUUAUAUUGAGCAGUACAAACCUGCUCAAAAGAAUGUGAGUAAUAUAUAUAUUUUAUACUCUUAACUUUUCACCAUAAUACAGAGAGCACUAUAUAUUUUAUUCUUUUUUUCUGGGUCUAAUAACAUCAAUUGGGACGUCGAACGUGUGUCAGAGAACCACCAACUGAAGUCUACUCUGUAUGUCCUUGAGUGGGGACAAUUCCACUUCGUGCGCGCAAUAUCAGAGCUGGAUUUUUCAGCUCUGAAAAGUGUGAGUAAGACCUUUUUCACUAUUUUAUUUAUUUUUUACGCAUCUAUAUACUGUGCCAUUGGAGUUCUGUUUUCUCUUUUCUUCACAUAUGCUUCACUGAAUUCCAAGCAUACGGUUAUGAAGAUUUGAUCUCACUCCACAUCUCAAGAUCUCACUCCACAUCUCAAGAAUUUUCUUUUAUACACGUGGGACCUACCAUCACGAACUGUGAUAAGUUUUGGACUAUUGUUUAUUUUAUAUAUAUUAUUAAAAUUGUUUUAUUAUCUAUUAGUUGAUUGCAUUUUAUAUAUCUUAGUAUAUAUUUUAGGCGCACCCUUAUUGUGCUGUUUGCUUUGUGUUCCUUCCUAUUACCAGGGGAUUAGAGGGGAUUCCCCUUUGAGGAGUGCAGCCUUUUUUCUCACUGUGGCCAUUUAGCGCUGAUUUUUUUCCUGUUUUUUAUAUUAUUUUUCAUACCAGCUUUUUCGUCAGAUACAGUUGUAUUCAAAAUUAUUCAGCCCCUUUUGAAACUAAGGUUUAUUAUCAAAAUUUACAGACUUUCAGCUGUUUGCAGUGAACACAUCAGACAAACAAUUAAUGCUUCAAGUGGUUUCCCCAAAAUCAACAGAAAAUGCAACUUUUAAUGACUUCACGGACUCAAUUAUUCAACCCUCUGAAAAAAAUACUUCACAACACACAUUUAUGCAAGAUAGGUGUUGUCUCAAGUACACAUAAUGCAGCUAAUCAAGGACUUCAUUAGCGGCACCAGAUGUGUUUGAGCUAGAACACUUGAAAUACCUGAACUGGCUAGAGCAGGCUUCCCCAAACUCUGACCAUCCAGAUGUUGCUGAACUACAACUCCCAUGUUUCUCAGCCUAUUUCAUUCAUAGAAUCAUGGGAGUUGUAGUUCAGCAACAUCUGAAGGGCCAGAGUUUGGGGAAGCCUGGGCUAGAGGUUUGUUGAGUGUCACGUUUGACUGCAUGUUAGAAAUAUGGCCAAGAGGGGGCGGUGCUUAGCGAUUGAAGAGAACGGUCGCAUGCUCUCUGAGCUCCGGGCCGCGACACGGGCAAGAACCCACUUCUAACCCCCUUACAAGUGCCACACUCACCCCAGGGUGAGCCCAGCGCACAGCCGAGCCCAAUGGGGCGAAAAACCAAAAAACUCAAACCCGAAAGACCCACGAGGGGCAUGGAUAUCGGCGAGUUAUGGCGGCAAGCCCGAGGCGCCACAGGCUCCAAUAUGGCGUCCCUACACGGCGGGUGCUCUGAUUUCUAUGAAGAGACGUCAGAUGAGGGUGAAGGGGAGCUUCAGCCAUCACCAGCUCGAACGCAACCCCCAACGCAACCCCUGCCGACUACUAUGGCCCCCACGCCGGUGAGCAUGGAAGCCAUUAGAGAUCUUAUGGCGGAACAUCACAAAAAGAUUGCGGCGGAUGUCGCCUCGAUUAGAGACACAUUACAGGGUCUUACUGGACGGAUCGGGACCGUGGAAAACACCAUGACCACCCAAACCGGCCAAAUACAAACGCUGCAACAGGAGGUUCAGGAGUUGAAACAGCUAGCUGGGCAGAAUGACCUCCGAUUUGCCGCACUUGAAGACAAACGCCGCCUAAAGCACCUUAAGGUUAGGGGCAUCACCGACAAUAUUCCUGAUGCUGAACUACCCCACGUUACUAGGCGGCUCCUUACGGCUCUACUAACCCAGAGAGUUGCCAAAGCGGUGUUAAUAGAUGGAAUUUUUCGCAUUCCAAAGCCCACUGGGGCCCCAGCCACAGCUACGAGAGAUGUCGUCCUGCAGUUCCAAACCUACAAGGAUAGAGCCGCAGUAUUAGCAGCCACCAGAGAUCAACCAGCCUACCACUUUGAAGAAAUGGCUCUCACCUUCUACCCUGAUCUCUCGGGGGCAACAUUGGCCUGGAGGAGGUCCCUGCAACAACUGACUUCCCUCCUGCGAGCACAACACAUCAGGUACCUCUGGGGCCCGGCUCAUACUCUACUGGUCACCAAGGGCGACACCACACUCACAGUGCGCAGCAUGCAGGAGGCACCGGCGACACUAAGACAGCUGAAUCUCCCACCGGACUUACCGGCUCUACCGACACCAAAGGGUAGGCACGCGAAUCCACCGACUUGGAGCAUGGCCGGCGCUGCAGAAUUCAUCCCUAGAAGACACACCGGUGUACCUAAAGAAGCAGCCACCACCUGACAAUAUUGAAACAUCAGGACUAUAACUUACCUUGCCGGGACUCUACCCUAACAUAAUGAUUUCACCUUGGACUGCUGCUCCCGGGUGAGCUAACACCCUGCUUUGCGGAUGGCAGCACUCCUUUACCCACCGACAUAUGCACAUCACCCGAUAACACUAGGACCCACUAUGGGUGGUCUCACUAGGAAGAUGCUGAGAUACCCUUCGCAUUCCUGACACCACACAGGCACCCUAACCUACCCGCCCAGUAACCAGGAGCUGACAGUUAGCCUCUACCUGGCUCCCCUCAUGCGAGCGCUGACCCCCGCGCAUAUGACCAUGAAGGUCCCUCUUAACCUACCAACUAGCAGACAUUACACGCACCCCCAAGCAAUGUAAUCACACGGUAGACACGCCUAAACACAUAGACAUAAUCUAUAACAGUCCCGCCCAGAAGAACACACCACCCUACCUGCACUAAUACAACCCAGCCUCCGAUAACCCACCAUAAACACACAGUGCAUACAUCUCUCACCACUACGGCUGUGUUAUGUAUACAAGACAAUAUGCAUUAAUCUUAGAAUGUUGUAUAAUUAUUUUUACCUGUUCCAAUGUUAGACUACACAGUGUAACCUUAUUAACCUCUAAGCAAACUUAAUCAUAACUGCAUAUCGUUCCAACAUGUAUCUAACCGCAAAAACUAAUAAUUGUGCACAGUAUUUCCUAUGCCAUGAUACCAGCUGUUGUAUAUCGGUCUCUUACCGCUGUUGUGGCGUAACAGACCUAACUGUCAUUCUAUGCACGAACAAAAAUAAAGAAUUAAAAAUAAAAAAAAGAAAUAUGGCCAAGUCCAAAGAAUAGUCCACAAAGUUGAGAGAAGAGAUCAUUGCUUUUCACAAACAAGGAACAGGAUACAAAAAGAUAGCGGAGGUACUGAAUGUUCCUAGAGACACCAAUGGAAGCAUAGUUUGGAAGUUCAAAGUUGAAAAAACACCUGGACAGUGGCAGAUAAGGGAAACUAUCAAUGGCUGCAACUAAAAACUUGAGUGACUGCAAAAGACUUGGUGGCAACAGGUUGCAAUGAGCACAGUAAGGCUAAAUGCAGAAGGUUUCCAUGCCAGAACUCUAAGAUGUACGCCAUUACUGACCCAAAAGCACAGGAAAAGUUGGCUUAAAUAAGCUGCAGAAGUUUUGGAAUUCUUUUCUGUGGAGCAAUGAAACAAAACUGGAACUUUUAGGCUCAAUGUAUCAGCGGUAUGUCUAGAGGACGAAGAAUGAAGCAUAGGCUAAUAAGAAUACUCUGCCUGCAGUUAAGCAUAGUGGUGGCUCGGUGAUGCUCUGGGGCUGCUUUGCAUCUUCUUCACUGGAAACCUGGAGUGUGUGGAAGACAAUUCAUUGGAGUAUCAGAAAAUCCCAGGAGAAAACGUGUUGCUAUCUGUGAGAUAGCUGAAGCUUGGGCAUCAUUGAGCCUUCCAACAAGACAAUGAUCCCAAGAAUAUCCCAAAUUCACCUAAGGCUUGGUUGCAGGAGAAGUCCUGGAAAAUUAUUUAGUGGCCAUCACAGUCACCCAACUUGAACCCCAUAGAAAAUCUCUGUUGGGAUUUGAAGAAGGCAGUUGCAGCAUGCAAACCCAAGUCAAUAUCUGAACCAGAGACCAUUGCUAAUGAGAAAUGGGCUAAUAUUCCUUAGGAACACUGCCAGAAGCUUGUGUCUAGCUAUGCAUCUUAUUUGCAGGAGGACGUCUGCGAAAGGGUUUCCUUACGAAGUAUUAAAGAUGCUUGCCAUAAAGGCGUUGAAUUAUUUUUAGACUGGAGAAAUCAUUAUAAGUUGCAUUUUCAGUUGAUCUUGGGAAAACCACUUGAACCAUUUGUUGUGUUUAGCUAUUUCAAUGGCUUUUGUUUGAUUUGUUUAUUGCAAACAGCUGAAAGUCUGUAAAUUUUGACAAUAAACUUGAUUACAACUGUAUAGCCUUUUUAUUGUACAAGAAAUAGUCAUGUUAUAGAUAAUUUACAAUUUUAAAAUCUUAAAAUGUUACUAACAUUAUUAUGAUUAUGAUUUACAUUUUAUGUCAUCUUCUUUAGACGCUACUAAUUCUCCGUAAUCCCAAAGAUACAGCAGUGUCAUAUUAUCAUUUUGCCAACAAAAAUCCUCUGCUUCCUUCAUUUGACUCUUGGGAAUUGUUUUUCGAAGCAUAUAUGGAAGGAAAAGGUAAACCUAAACAAAUACAUUGAAAAUGCACAGAGCCACCUAAUUUUAUUUACUUUCAUGUGUAUUCCUUUGUUUUACCCUUCUCAACUGCGUUUAUAUGGACUAGGCUCCAUUUUUCUUGCUACUUGCUUUAGGUUAUCAAUUUUGGUUACCGUAUAUACUCGAGUAUAAGCCGACCCGAAUAUAAGCCGAGGCCCCUAAUUUUACCCCAAAAAACUGGGAAAACGUAUUGACUCGAGUAUAAGACUAGGGUGGGAAAUGCAGCAGCUACUGGUAAAUUUCUAAAUAAAAUUAGAUCCUAAAAAAAAUUAUAUUAAUUGAAUAUUUAUUUACAGUGUGUAUAUGAUGAAUGCAGUGUGUGUGUAUGAAUGCAGUGUGUGUAUGAGUGCAGUGUGUGUGUAUGAAUGCAGUGUGUGUGUAUGAAUGCAGUGUGUGUAUGAGUGCAGUGUUUGUGUAUGAGUGCAGUGUGUGUGUAUGAGUGCAGUGUGUGUAUGAGUGCAGUGUGUGUGUAUGAGUGCAGUGUUUGUGUAUGAGUGCAGUGUGUGUGUAUGAAUGCAGUGUGUGUGUAUGAAUGCAGUGUGUGUGUAUGAAUGCAGUGUUUGUGUAUGAGUGCAGUGUGUGUGUGUGUGAUGCAGUGUUUGUGUAUGAGUGCUGUGUGUGUAUGAAUGCAGUGUGUGUGUAUGAAUGCAGUGUGUGUGUGUGUGUGUGUGAUGCAGUGUGUGUGUAUGAAUGCAGUGUUUGUGUAUAAGUGCAGUGUGUGUAUGAAUGCAGUGUGUGUGUGUGUGAUGCAGUGUGUGUGUAUGAAUGCAGUGUGUGUGUGAGUGCAGUGUGUGUGUGUGUGUUGCAGAGCCUUGGUGGGGGGGUGGGCAUUUUUAUAAAAAAAAAAAAUUUUAUUAUUAUUUUUUUUUGUUUUGUUAUAUUAUUAUUUUUUUAAUAAUUUUUUUAUUAUUAUUUUUAUUAUUUUUUUUAUUAUUAUUUAUGUAUUAUUAUUUUAUUUAUUUUGUUGUCCCCCCUCCCUGCUUGAUACAUGGCAGGGAGGGGGGCUCUCCUUCCCUGGUGGUCCAGUGGCAUUGGCAGUUCAGUGGGGGGAGGAGUGGGGCUGGCAGAGCUGUUACUUACCUCUCCUGCAGCUCCUGCCAGCUCUCUCCUCCUCCGCGCCGGUCCGUGCAGCUCUUCUCUCAGCUCCCAGUGUAAGUCUCGCGAGAGCCGCACUAUGACCCCGCGGCUCUCACGAGACUUACACUGGGAGCUGAUCGAGGUGCUGCACGGACCGGCGCGGAGGAGGAGAGAGCUGGCAGGAGCUGCAGGAGAGGUAAGUAACAGCUCUGCCAGCCCCCAGUCUGUAUUAUGGCAAUGUAAGUUGCCAUAAUACAGACUGACUCGAGUAUAAGCCGAGUUGGGGUUUUUCAGCACAAAAAAUGUGCUGAAAAACUCGGCUUAUACUCGAGUAUAUACGGUAAUAAUUUCUAGAUUGGGCAUUCAUUUUAGUCAAAAUUUGAGCUAUUCGUUCAUUCAUCCAAAAGUCAAAUGAACAAAUUAAAAUUACACAUUGCUAGUUAGACAAAAUUUCAUCCUGCAAUAAGUUCUUGCGUUUGUUAGUUUUAUAUUAAAACAAAAAAGUUACACGCUUGCAUCUCCCUACUCGUAAUAUUUAAAAAUAUAAAUCCCCCCCCAUGCCCCUCUCUCACUAUGGGAAUGAAAAUUACCCCCAUAUUAGUAGAAGGGAGGUUAAAUGCUCCCUCUUUCCCAAACCAGUCAUCCCUCUUUACUGGAUUAGCGACUGGGCAGCAACAAUCUUUUUUCAUAACAGUGAGCUGCUCUGGCUUCAUGCUAUUUAGUAGACAUGCCCUUACUGGUAGCAUGGUGGGUAGGGGCAGGUAGAAGGAUUUAACCUCCCUUAUUUACUAAUACUAGGUAUUUUUUACUUAGUAACUUUGUCUGAAAGACCAAAAUUGCAAAAAGGAAGGGCUUUUUCAUAAUAUUGGUCUUUCAGCUUCUUAAAGGAGCACUAUAGGGUCAGGAACACAAACAUGUAUUCCUGACCAUAUUGUGUUAAAACCACUAUCUAGCCCCCUGUGCCUCCCUAAAGAUAGUAAAAUAUUACUUGUAUUCAAGUCUGAAGCUGCUGCCUGUGAACUUCCUCUGACCUCUGACAUCAUCAGAAGUGGUGCCCUGAUCCAAUCCCAAUGCUUUCCCAUAGGAUUGGCUGAGAUUGACCAGGACCAAACUCAAUUUUGAAAAAAAUGAAAUUCCAAAAACAAAAUAAUGCCCGAAUUUCAACCAGAAAUAAAUGAACAAACAGCCGAAUUCAGUUCGGACAAAUUUUUUCUUCAUUUGUCUGAAUUUAUUUGGAUGAAAUGAACAUUUAGGCGGUGCCCAAAUCUAGGAUCUCUUUAUCAAGGAAGGAAUAUAUCCUUAAGUUUAUUUUGUCUAAAAUAUUUUCUCUUUGUGUUAGUGUGUUUUGGAUCAUAUUUUGAAUAUGCUCUUGACUGGAAUAAACACAUAGAUGAAGAAAAUAUUAUGGUGGUCACAUUUGAAAAUCUGAAAGAGGUGAGUUUUAUAUACUUGAAGACUUAUGCAAAUGAUAGUCACAUUGCAAUUCUGAAUUGAUUAAUUACAAAAUGAAAAAAAAACAUUUUCUUCUUACUUUAUUGUUCAGAGUAAGCUGAUAAUAUAAUGGUGAUAGCAACUAUCUAUAUAUGGUGCUAAUGGCUAAACCCCUUAGGGACACAUGACAGAAUUAUUCCGUCAUGGAUGUCCUUCCCUUAAUGUGUAAUUUUACCAGUAGGGAGUAUUUCCCUGCUGGUAAUAGCGGAACAGGUAUCAUUAGGUACCUGGGGUUCCCCUCUGUCUGCUGGGGCCAGAACAUGUUGACAAAUGAGCUGCAUACAGAGCUCAAAGUGAACACUGCACACAGCUCUUUAAAUGGGGGCUUUACAUCCCUACUGCUAUUUUUUAUACGGUAAACACUAUGGGCCCUCUCUUGGGAAUCUUAUUUCAUAAGACCGGCACUACAAGCAUCGCUAGAGGGAUAUCCUACAUGUGGGGAGUUUAAAUACCACUGUAUGCUGUUUUAUUUAGAGCUGGUUAUAGCUCUCCCAAUUGUAAGUUGGCACUCUUAGGACCUCAGUGUUGUCUGUUGUUGCAGUUAACCUACAUUAUUGCACCAUUGGGUUUUUCCCCCUUUUAUGUAUUUUAUAUGCUGACGCUUAUCUGGAAUGCUGUAAGAAGUCUUGAGGAUACACCUCCAAGUGUCCAGUUAUAUCCUACAUGUGGGGAGUAUUUAAUACCACUGUAUGCUGUUUUACCUAGAGCUGGGCAUAGCUCUUUAUAUUGAUUCAAAGCAAGGACUGAAGAAUAUACACUCUAGUUCUUCACCAUACUUUAAGAGACUCUUUAUAUUAUUGCUGAUUUUUGUUUAUUAUCUCUCAUUGUCCAACUUAGCGCACCCUGUAUUUGUUGUAUCUUUUUCUCUCCAUUCUUUGAAGGGUUUGAGGGUUGCCCUUCCCCUCAGGUGUGCAGCUCUAUUCUCCCCUGUGAUCAGUACUGUAACGCUGUUCCUCUUCUAUAUUUUUUUAAGCUGAUAAUAUAAUGGUGAUAGCAACUACCUAUAUAUGGUGCUAAUGGCUAAACCCCUUAGGGACACAUGACAGAAUUAUUCCGUCAUGGAUGUCCUUCCCUUAAUGUGUAAUUUUACCAGUAGGGAGUAUUUCCCUGCUGGUAAUAGCGGAACAGGUAUCAUUAGGUACCUGGGGUUCCCCUCUGUCUGCUGGGGCCAGAACAUGUUGACAAAUGAGCUGCAUACAGAGCUCAAAGUGAACACUGCACACAGCUCUUUAAAUGGGGGCUUUACAUCCCUACUGCUAUUUUUUAUACGGUAAACACUAUGGGCCCUCUCUUGGGAAUCUUAUUUCAUAAGACCGGCACUACAAGCAUCGCUAGAGGGAUAUCCUACAUGUGGGGAGUUUAAAUACCACUGUAUGCUGUUUUAUUUAGAGCUGGUUAUAGCUCUCCCAAUUGUAAGUUGGCACUCUUAGGACCUCAGUGUUGUCUGUUGUUGCAGUUAACCUACAUUAUUGCACCAUUGGGUUUUUCCCCCUUUUAUGUAUUUUAUAUGCUGACGCUUAUCUGGAAUGCUGUAAGAAGUCUUGAGGAUACACCUCCAAGUGUCCAGUUAUAUCCUACAUGUGGGGAGUAUUUAAUACCACUGUAUGCUGUUUUACCUAGAGCUGGGCAUAGCUCUUUAUAUUGAUUCAAAGCAAGGACUGAAGAAUAUACACUCUAGUUCUUCACCAUACUUUAAGAGACUCUUUAUAUUAUUGCUGAUUUUUGUUUAUUAUCUCUCAUUGUCCAACUUAGCGCACCCUGUAUUUGUUGUAUCUUUUUCUCUCCAUUCUUUGAAGGGUUUGAGGGUUGCCCUUCCCCUCAGGUGUGCAGCUCUAUUCUCCCCUGUGAUCAGUACUGUAACGCUGUUCCUCUUCUAUAUUUUUUUAAGCUGAUAAUAUAAUGGUGAUAGCAACUACCUAUAUAUGGUGCUAAUGGCUAAACCCCUUAGGGACACAUGACAGAAUUAUUCCGUCAUGGAUGUCCUUCCCUUAAUGUGUAAUUUUACCAGUAGGGAGUAUUUCCCUGCUGGUAAUAGUGGAACAGGUAUCAUUAGGUACCUGGGGUUCCCCUCUAUCUGCUGGGGCCAGAACAUGUUGACAAAUGAGCUGCAUGCAGAGCUCAAAGUGAACACUGCACUCAGCUCUUUAAACGGGGGCUUUACAUCCGUAUUGACAGCAAUUUGGCGUGAGCAGGGUUACAUAACUGCUCACACCAGGAAGACUAAUUUUUAAUGGCACUAGACUGACAUAAUCUAUAUGUUUAACUGAACGUCAGUGUGGCAUGCAGAACUUAAAAUGGGAAUUUAAAUCCCCACAGACAGCAAUGCAGUGUGAGCAGGGAUUAAUUCACACUCCCAGUCAGUGGGGACCACAAAUAGUGGCCAUCGACUGACAGAUGAGCUGUAUGCAGUGCAAAGUGAAUACUGCAUAGCAUUUUAAACACCGUGACUGAGUGAUCAUCAGAACCUGACAUGGUUUUCCUGCAUUCCCGAACGCCUUUUAGAGUUAAGAUUUGGUUUCUAGAAUAUGAGUUUAGUUUAGGACUAGGGAUAGGAUUAAGACUGAUACUUUGCAAAGUUGUAUAUAUGUGGGUAUUACUGUACUCAGGAGAUGUUGCUGAGUACAGUUAGGCUAAUUUAUUACUGCGGAACAAAUGAGAUUUAAAAAAUAAGCAGCAAAAUACAAAGUGUGUUGUAUAUAAGUGAUAUUUUUUACAAAAUAAAUUGCUAAGAUGCAAUGUGUAUGUAAAAAAAAGUGGGGAAAAAAAAUACCAUAAACUUUUAAAGAAAAUGGUUCUCAAUGGCUGUCUAAUAAGGCUCAAAAUAUACCAUAUGACCAGUGGCGGAACUAAAGUAGAGAGGGCCCAGAUGCAAGAAUUUAUUUGGACCCCACAUGUCGCAAGGAUGGCCAAAAGAUAGAUCCCACAAUGCUUUGCCAACAUGGGAUCUCCCAUUUGCCAAUCCUUACCGGCUUGUAUACAGCACUGAGCAGUGUUUGUAUGUUUGAAUGUAAGCAUGUUUUAUAUGGAAUAUGUGUGUGUGAAUGUAGGAGUGUAUCUGUGUGUAGUGUUGUGUUGUAUGUGUUUAUGUAUUGCUGCCAUUUGAAAGCAAUGGUUUACUUGUGUAUAGUGUUUGCCUGUUUGAAUGUAAGGAUGACAAAAGGGAUGGCAGGUCGUAAACUGUAGUGUUGUUAUUUGAAUGCAGGGUUGUAUUUGUGUGUAGUUUUGGUGUUUGAAUUCUGAAAUGCAUACACAUAUACACACACUGACAUAUGUCCAGUUACCCAGAUACACACACGGACACACAUGCAGAUAUACUAGCACACACUCAAAUAAACAGAAACAUGCAGAUACACAGACACACAGAUACGCACAAUGACAUACAUACAGAUACACAUACACAUAGAUACACAGGGGCACAGAUACACAUACAGACACAGAGACACAUACUGACACAAAGACAGAUACACUGAAACACAGAUAUACAUACACACAGAUACAUAUACAACCACACGGAUAUAUACACAGAGACACAUACAGACAUCCAGAUAAAUACACAGGUGCAUAGAUAGAUAGAUAGAUACACAGGCACACAUGCAAAAUGUACACAUUUUAAGCCACCCUCUUGUUUCCUAACUUUUGGGUGAAGCAUGGUAACUUCCCUUGGGUCCAGUUGGCUGGCCGAGGCUGUUGGGAGUAAGAGGCUCUCCCAUUAAGCAUACCAUCUCUCCUGCACUCCUAUAUGUUAUCUCGGAUUAAGUGGCCGCCUCUCAAUUCCUCCUAUGCUGCCAAGAUUACAGGGGCACUGAAAACACUUGCCACCUGAUGGUUUCCCACAUGGGCUGAACUGCCGGUAGUUUCGCAGCUGCAUGCAGAUACACACUGACACACAUACAGAUACACAGAUGCACAUGCAGAUACACAGACACACACACUAAAACACACAUACAGACACACAUGUAGAUACACUAGUACACAGAUACACUCAAUAACAGAUACAAUAUACAGAUACAAAUACUGACACAUACAUAUACACAGAAACUCAGAUACACAGGGGCACACACUGACAUACUUGCAAAUACAUAAACACACGGAUACAUGUACAGACACUCUUACAGGGAGUGCAGAAUUAUUAGGCAAAUGAGUAUUUUGACCACAUCAUCCUCUUUAUGCAUGUUGUCUUACUCCAAGCUGUAUAGGCUAGAAAGCCUACUACCAAUUAAGCAUAUUAGGUGAUGUGCAUCUCUGUAAUGAGAAGGGGUGUGGUCUAAUGACAUCAACACCCUAUAUCAGGUGUGCAUAAUUAUUAGGCAACUUCCUUUCCUUUGGCAAAAUGGGUCAAAAGAAGGACUUGACAGGCUCAGAAAAGUCAAAAAUAGUGAGAUAUCUUGCAGAGGGAUGCAGCACUCUUAAAAUUGCAAAGCUUCUGAAGCGUGAUCAUCGAACAAUCAAGCGUUUCAUUCAAAAUAGUCAACAGGGUCGCAAGAAGCGUGUGGAAAAACCAAGGCGCAAAAUAACUGCCCAUGAACUGAGAAAAGUCAAGCGUGCAGCUGCCACGAUGCCACUUGCCACCAGUUUGGCCAUAUUUCAGAGCUGCAACAUCACUGAGUGCCCAAAAGCACAAGGUGUGCAAUACUCAGAGACAUGGCCAAGGUAAGAAAGGCUGAAAGACGACCACCACUGAACAAGACACACAAGCUGAAACGCCAAGACUGGGCCAAGAAAUAUCUCAAGACUGAUUUUUCUAAGGUUUUAUGGACUGAUGAAAUGAGAGUGAGUCUUGAUGGGCCAGAUGGAUGGGCCCGUGGCUGGAUUGGUAAAGGGCAGAGAGCUCCAGUCCCACUCAGACGCCAGCAAGGUGGAGGUGGAGUACUGGUUUGGGCUGGUAUCAUCAAAGAUGAGCUUGUGGGGCCUUUUCGGGCUGAGGAUGGAGUCAAGCUCAACUCCCAGUCCUACUGCCAGUUCCUGGAAGACACCUUCUUCAAGCAGUGGUACAGGAAGAAGUCUGCAUCCUUCAAGAAAACAUGAUUUUCAUGCAGGACAAUGCUCCAUCACACGCGUCCAAGUACUCCACAGCGCGGCUGGCAAGAAAGGGUAUAAAAGAAGAAAAUCUAAUGACAUGGCCUCCUUGUUCACCUGAUCUGAACCCCAUUGAGAACCUGUGGUCCAUCAUCAAAUGUGAGAUUUACAAGGAGGGAAAACAGUACACCUCUGAACAGUGUCUGGGAGGCUGUGGUUGCUGCUGCACGCAAUGUUGAUGGUGAACAGAUCAAAACACUGACAGAAUCCAUGGAUGGCAGGCUUUUGAGUGUCCUUGCAAAAAAAGGUGGCUAUAUUGGUCACUGAUUUGUUUUUGUUUUAUUUUUGAAUGUCAGAAAUGUAUAUUUGUGAAUGUUGAGAUGUUAUAUUGGUUUCACUGGUAAUAAUAAAUAAUUGAAAUGGGUAUAUAUUUGUUUUUGUUAAGUUGCCUAAUAAUUAUGCACAGUAAUAGUCACCUGCACACACAGAUAUCCCCUAACAUAGCUAUAACUAAAAACAAACUAAAAACUACUUCCAAAAAUAUUCAGCUUUGAUAUUAAUGAGUUUUUUGGGUUCAUUGAGAACAUGGUUGUUGUUCAAUAAUAAAAUUAAUCCUCAAAAAUACAACUUGCCUAAUAAUUCUGCACUCCCUGUAUACUCCUUAUCUGCUUUAGAUAUUUGGCUUGGUAGUUAUAUAAAACCAUCUUUAUUGCUGCACUCUGCUGCACUCUUACUAUAUAAUUAGUUUAUUAUUACUGAAAGGAAUAUACGUCCUCCGCAACAUUACUCCUCCACACUCUGACUGACUGCCAUGCUCUCUGACCUGUGUGUCCUCAGUGGCAGAGCCUCUAGUUAAAGUGAGAAUGUGCAGUAAAUUCCAGGUAUAACAGACACACCAAUAGAUACACAGAUACACAUAGAGACACACAGAGUUUGAGUUACACAGAGACACAGACACAUAUCCUAAUACACAAACACGUGCAAAAUGUAAUUUUAUUUUUUAGUCACACUCCUGUUUUGGGUGCAGGAGGGUGGCUCUAUGGGGUCCAGUCUGCCGGCUGAGGCUAUUGGGAGUCAGAUGCUCUCCCAAUCCACGCUCACCUCUUCUCUAUCCUCUGUCUCCUUUGAGGCUCUGUGUUAUGUGGGAGGAAGUGACUGUUUCUCACUUCCUCUAAGGCAGCCAUUAUUAAAGAGGUCCGGUCAAAUUCUUAAAGGAUCAAUUACAUAAGCUAUUUCUCACUAAAAAUUGUUGUAAGUGGCACUGUCAGUGGCUAAGCACAGCAGUAACCUAAACAACCACCUUACCAGUCUCACACAACGAUCAAUAACACAUCUCCCACCCAGGUAUAACCAAUCUGUCUUCUUCAGUAGAUGUAGACCAGUGUCUGAAAGAUUCCUGAUUGGAAAUAUACAGUGGGACCUCGGUUUACAAACGCCUUGGUUAACAUAAUUUUCGCUUUACAAAUGAAAAUCCAUUGAAAAUAAUGCCUCGGUUUACAAAUUUGUUUUGCAAUACACAAUUGCACCUGGGAGGUUUAUAGCACCGCCCCCUGCAUGCUGGAGCCUGUGGGUAGCACGUGUCAUCGAGUCAUAGGCGUGCGCAGCCUAUUGCAUUAGGGUGUGCACCCUAAAACACAAGCACACGCCUCGUAUAUAUAUAUAUAUGUAUGUAUAUAUAUAUAUAUACACACACAUAUACACACACACACACAUACACUGCUGUGUGUGUGUGUGUGCUGUGUAAGGGUGCUGUUAGUGUGAUGUGUGUGUGAGGGUGCUGGUAGUGUGCUAUGUGGGUGAGGGUGUUUGUGUGUGCGUGCUUGUGAGGGUGCUGUUAAUGUACUGUGUGUGAGGGUGCUGUUUGUGUGUGUGUGUGUGUGCGCUUGUCAGGGUGCUGUUAAUGUACUGUGUGUGAGGGUGCUGUUUGUGUGUGAGGGUACUGGUAGUGUGCUGUGUGUGUUUGUUAGGGUCCUGUUUGUAUUUGUGAGGGUACUGUUAGUGUGCUGUGUGUGUGUGAGGGUGCUGUUUGUGCUGUGUAUGUGUGUGGGUGCUGUGUAUGUGUGUGGGUGCUGUGUAUGUGUGUGGGUGCUGUGUAUGUCUGUGGGUGCUGUAUGUGUGUAGGUGCGCUGUAUGUGUGUGAGUGCUGUGUAUGUGUGUUGGUGCUGUGUAUGUGUGGGUGCUGUGUAUGUCUGUGGGUGCUGUGUAUGUCUGUGGGUGCUGUGUAUGUGUGUUGGAGCUGUAUGUAUGUGGGUGCUGUAUGUGUGUAGGUGCGGUAUUUGUGUAGGUGCGCUGUAUGUCUGUGGGUGCUGUAUGUGUGUAGGUGCUAUGUAUGCCUGUGGGUGCUGUGUAUGUGUGUGGGUGCUGUAUGUGUGUAGGUGCUAUGUAUGCCUGUGGGUGCUGUGUAUGUGUGUGGGUGCUGUGUAUGUGUGUGGGUGCUGUAUGUGUGUAGGUGCUGUAUGUGUGUGGGUGCUGUGUAUGUGUGUUGGUGCUGUGUAUGUGUGAUGGUGCUGUGUAUGUGUGUAGGUGCUGUAUGUGUGUAGGUGCUGUAUGUGUGUAGGUGCUGUGUGUGUCUGUGGGUGCUGUAUGUGUUUGGGUACAUUACUUAAUAUCCCCCUCCCUUCUUACUUUAUGUAGGGAGGGGGGAUUCUUGUUCCUUGCUGCCAUCCCUGGUGGUCCAGUGGAGAGUGAACUCUAGCCUGCGGGGCUAGAGUUCACUCUCGCAAGAAUGAGCGUUGCCAUGGCAACGCUCAGAUCUCGCGAGAGGAACCCGGCGGAGCUGCCAGCAAUAGCUUCCUGGGUCCUCUCCUGCCUCCCUCCCUGCAUGUGGGUCGGUGGGGAGGGAGGCUGAGAGCAGAGCCGGUGCUCAGAUAGCGCCGGCUCUGCAUGAGCCGACAGGGGAGAUCCUGAGAUCUCCCCUGCUGGUCUCAGACCAUAGGCGCGCCGCGGGGAUUAGGGUGUGCCCAGGCACACCCGGCACACCCCGUGCGCACGCCUAUGCAUCGAGUGUGGAGGUGUUGAAGUAGCUUUUGCAUCAAGUUUUGGUGCCAUUCUUGAAAUUGUUUGCAGUUGUUUGGGGACUUUUUGGUGCAUUUCUCAAGCUGUGGAAAGGUAGGGAGCUUCGUCGUUUGCAUGCCUUUUAUUGUGUGUUCUGCAUUGUGGGUUGGUUUCCAUGCCAGCUCAUUUUGACUUAUUUCUGAUCUCCAGAACGGCUUAAUUGGUUUUCAGUGCAUUCCUAUGGGAAACCGCAUUUUGGUUUCGCAAUAAGAAAUGUCCCGGAGAACGCAUUAAAUUGGUAAACCGAGGUCCCACUGUAUAGGAUUUGUUUUUCUGCUUCAUCUUUCUUUACCCUCUGUUGGUCACUUUUCAUUUGGCCUCUGAAUAAAAUUAACAUUUGGUGGCUGUCCCCUAACAAUCAAUAACCUUUUCUUUCUCACCUUUUGAUUGGACAAUAGAUACAGCCCACAUGCUUGGACAGACCUCUUAUCCAUCAUGGCAAACUAAGCUGCUUAUUUGCACCCCUAUUCCUCCUAUCCAUACCAUCCUAAUAUUUUUGGCACCAUGGAAGGAACUCCAACUCAUGGAAUAAACAAAAUGGUCAAAUCAUUGCAGUUUCAUUCAUUUCACAAUUCAUCCAUAUGGUGUUCUAGAGUUUGAAUGCGUCAGCCAAAAUUCGGACUAAUCUAGAUUCAGAUGAACCCGAAUGCAGAAGUAUAGUAACAAAUAAUGCCCAAGUAUACCUUAUCGUCUACUAAUUUGGUAUCGUUCAACGACCAUCUGCAGGGGUGCUUCUACCUCUGUUAUUUCUUGGCUAUUUUUGAAACAUCCUGUAUCACUUUGUGAAGUCAAAGUAUUCAGUGCUGCUAGGAGUGCUCAGAUUUCCAUCUUAAAGUACUCUGAAAAGCAUUCAAAGGUGAGAUGUAGAUAGUGAUUAUAGUAGUGAUUAUGUCCUUUAACCCACACCAUUAGCCAAGACUACAUAAAUGGGUUAAACAGAACUGACUUUAUUGCAGCUGUGCAGAGGUAUUUAUAGCAACAGAGGGCCAUUUGCAUACCAUAUGAUAAUUAAAAGUACAUACAGUUAUUAUUAUUAUUAUUAUUUAUAUAGUGCCAACAAAUUCCGCAGCGCUUUACAGUGGGUGGACUAACAAACGUAAUUGUAGCCAGGCAAGUUGGACGCACAGGAGCAGAGGGUUUGAAGGCCCUGCUCAAUGGGCUUACAUGCUAGAGGGAUUGGGGUAAAGUGACACAAAAAGAUAAGGAUAAUAUUAGAGAAGUAAUGACAGUUGCAGGAGAGGAAUCGGUUGGGAGCUAUAAACAGUUUAAUUGAUACACUUUUGUGAAGGAGUGGUGACUGGGUGGACGUCUAACAGGGAAAGGAGUUCCACAAUAACAAUGCAGCCCUAGAAAAGUCUUAAAGGCGAGCAUCAUAGGUGGGAGUACGAACAGAAGAUAGACAUAGUGUCACGACACUCCUUAGUUGAUUUGCCCUAGUGCAGUACCCACACUCACCACUAUCACUGUUUGGCACUGUUCCUAAUUUUUUUUCAUUAGCACUUCACCUGGUCCUUGUUUAGCACCUAUAUAGUCUGGUUUCUCCCCUCAGAUCAUUGUCUCCUGUUUCUUGUUCCGUGGUUCUUGGUUCCUGGUUCCUAAGAUUCUGACUCUUUGCUUCUUGAUCCUGUGUUUCCUGGUCUUGUGUUCUUGUGUCUUCUUGGUCUUAUGUUUCUGUGUCCACCUGGUCCUGCGUUCCUGUGCCUCCUGAUCCUGUGUUCUGGUUCAGUGUUCCUGCCUCUGCCUUAUUACCAGUGAUCCUGACCCUGCAGUCUUGUUAGUUUGUCCUGCUUCGGGCUUUGCUUCCUGGUGCCAUAUAUUUGUUUUGUGGCUCUGGAUCUGUGUCCCACCUAUUUCUGUGGUGGCUGCACAAUCCUGCCCAAAUACAUUCUGUAUUCCAAAGGACUGUUUAAGUAUACUCUGCCAAUUUGUGGUUAUCCUGGUUUAUUGUAUAUAUUAUUCUGUAGCUUUGUAUAUAUUUAUUACAUAUUGUUUUGUUAUAUUUUGUCCUUUGGUUCCCUUAUUAUAUUUCUUGAUUUAUUCUAUUCAUUGUGUCCUUGCCUUUAUUCUUUGCUAAAUUGGUUUCCACAUUUAAAGGGAUAGUGCUGUCCAGGGCAGCACCCCUUCAUGUCAUGACACAUAGGUCUUCGGUAGAGCGUAGAGGCCUAGACAGGACAUACUUGUGUAUUAGGGAGGAUAGCUAGGUGGGAGCAGCGUUAUGUAGAGAUUUGAAAGCAAAAAACGGAAUUUUUAAUUGAGCCCUAUAUCUUAUGGGAAGCCAAUGAAGGGGGUGAGGCGUGGGAGGUGUGGGCGGACAGAAAAAUGAACCUCGCCGCUGCGUUCAUUUAUGGCGCAAGUUGGGAGCACGUAAGACCACUGAGACUACAGUUCCCCAUUAAGUCUUCUUUCCACAAUUCUUUGCUUUUCUUGCUGAAAACAACCCUCUGACUCACCAAAUCAAACAAAUGCUCAACUUCAUUUAUAUAUAAUUCAAAAGACCUAAAACAACAAAGGCCCAUUGCUUUCCCACCGAAGCAAUUGGGAUCCCCUACACUAAGGGUUGAUCUGAACGAAAUGCCCUCAUUUGCUGUUGCACACAAACAUGUAUUCCUGACCCUAUAGUGUUAAAGACACAGUUAGGGUCCCUGGCCCCCCUUGACCCAUUUAAAUAAUAAGCCUGCAAGGACAGGCUAUAGACACGAGAACAACUACAAUAAGCUGUAGUUGUUCUGGUGACUAUCAUGUCUCUUGAAAUGUAUUAAAGAUGUUAUAGUGUCAUAAAUAUACCUUUGUCUUAUCGUUUACCUCCUCUCUUUCACUUGUUUUAGGAUGUCAAAGCAGGGCUUCAAGCCAUCUUAUUCAGAGAGCUGAGAAUCAUACUUGCUGGCACUCAUACCAUGACAUCAGAUUUUCUAUUCUUCUACUUUUCAAUACCCUCAUCUUAUUCACGCACCCACAGCACCCUCACCCCUACCUCCUUCCCCUCCUAAACGCAGAUCGCAUGUAGCGUUCUCUAAUUCUUAAUGCUUUUCUAUAAAAAGCAUUUAAAGAUUGUGGCAUGUGCCUUGGGUUCACCAAUGUCAUCUCACUUGAUGACUGCAAAGGGGGCAAGGCGAUUUGCUGCCAGGGGCUGCUGUUGGCACUGGAAUAAAUGUAAAUAUAUGUUUAGUUUAGUAAUGUUUUGGAAUGCAAUACAUAUAAAUAAUUAAAAUCUAGAUAGAUGAGUUAGAAAUAGAAAAGAGUAUUGAUACAGAACAGUGUUCCUUUAAUGAUGGCAAGAAGAGUACAUAUGUAUAAGUGAUAAGAAGCAUAAUUGCUGUGAUGUAUUGAAUUUUGCAUAAAUAUCUUUCAAGCAGUUCCUGAAACCAUUUUGCUCUGUCAAAUAUUGUCCUUCUAAAAUGGCUGGCUGAUUACCAUUGUAUAAUAAUGGACAGUAUUUAGGGCCAUUAAAACUAUAGAUUUGUUUGGAAAACUGUUUUCCCCCCAGUUGAGUUUAUAUAUAUAUAUACACAUUUUGUUUUGUUUUGUUUAAUAGGAUUUUAAAUCAGAACUUCUGAAAAUAUCUGAUUUCCUAGGACUGUCAUUGACAGACGAACAGAUUGCUUUGGUUGAAAGCAAAACCACAUUUAAAUCAAUGAAAGAAAAUUCUUCCAAUACACAUGGUAAACUUGGAGAUGUUUUCUUUCGAAAAGGUAAGCAAUAAAAUAAACAAUAUUAGAAGUAGGGUAUAUUGAUGUAUAGCAUGAAUAUAAGUAAAAUGAUUCUCAUGUGUAGUAAAGUUUUGUAAAUAUAUAUUUACACAUAAAUAACAUUAAAAAAACAACAAAAAGUGUUUUCAGAAUUCAUUAGUGAUAAGCAAUGGACAUGAUUAAUCUCUACAUUUUUCUUUGUUUAGCUUUGCUACGCUCUGUUUUUCCAUUUGCAAUAUGCUUAUUCCAGUAUAUGAAUGUAUUUCGAUUUAAGUUCAGCUGUACCUUCAAAUACAUUAAUGUAAUCCAUAUAAAACACUAUGAAAAUAAUGACAAUAAAACUGGUCGGCAGAAACUACGUUUUCAUUGCUUACAUUUUGUUUUCUUUUUUAAGGAGAAAUAGCGGACUGGAAAAACUAUUUCACUGAAGAGCAGAGCAAAGAAUUAGAUGCCAAGUUUGAAGAGACACUCGCAGGAACAAAACUGGGAGAGAAGAUUAAUUACAAUAAAUACUGUACUUUUUAG